AUGAAAGAGGAAUUCGACAUUCCUUCACGAACGACGCCAACUCGAAAACAAAUGAUUAUCUUCGAUACUGCACAGUUUGUUCCUUAUCUAUCUAUCUAUCUAUCUAUCUAUCUAUCUAUCUCAGUUUGUUCAUUAUCUAAGUGUGUUUAUUAUGUAUCUCCGUUUGUUCACUAUCUAUCUAUCUAUCUAUCUAUCUAUCUAUCUAUCUAUCUAUCUCAUUUUUCUAUUCAUAUCUAUCUAUCUAUCUAUCUAUCUAUCUAUCUAUCUAUCUAUCUCAGUUUGUUCACUAUCUCAGUCUUUUCUUAUCUAUCUAUCUAUCGAUCUAUCUAUCUCAGUUUGUUCAUUAUCUAUUUAUCUAUUUAUCGAUCUAUCUAUCACAGUCUGUUUGUUAUCUAUCUAUCUAUCUAUCUGUCGCAAAUAUGUGAAGAAAGAUUAACUGUUGAAUCAAGAGCGUAUUGA